UCAUGUUGUGUAUCGUUUUCGUUACUUCAAUUUAUCUUCGUCUUCGUUGUUUCUAUCAUGUUAGUCAGAAAAAAACGUAUUAAUAACGUUGACCUGUCUAUGUUAUUUGAUUGAGAAUUCUGUUAUUGUUUUCUAUAACAUUAAUACGUUCAAUUAUUAUAAACAGAAUUUAUGUGAUUGCGACUGAAAAUUACUCCAAAUUGUAUAUUAUUAAUAUGUAUUGUUUUAAUUUAUUUCUCGUUUGUUUUUUUAUUUAUUCUUAUCAGCAGCUUUUAGUAUAUGCAGAUAAAAAUGAAAGUGAGUUCGUACCAACACACGAAUGGCAAUCGGUAAAGAAAGGCCAGCCAAUUCCAAAAGGCCUUCAUGUCAGACAUAAUUUUCAAACAGGAUUAACAGAAGCUAAAUUAUUGGAUAAAGAUGAUAAAGUGGAAGAGAAAGCUGAUGAUCAGAAGCAGAAAUCAUUGACACUUCAUUCAGAAGCAUCAGUAGAUAAUGAAAAUGACUUACAAAGUGAUAAUAUGCCUAGUGUGAAUAGAAUUAAAUUAUCUCUUGAAAAUUUAAAGGCUCGUUUAAAGAAAAUCAAGUUUGAGACAAAUGAAGUUUCACAAAAUGAAAAGAAUCCUGAAGAUGUUAAAAAAAAAUUCAGGAGCUACAAUGAUUUACGAGAAGAAUUCAAAGCUCUUGAAAUGAAUAUAACUACUGACUCCGAAAUAAUUUUGAAUCUCUUCGAAAGGUUCCAACCCUAUACAAAGGCACUAACAUCAGGAACACUUCAAAAUUCACAAAUUGAAAAUAUUAUGCAAAUAUUCAAUGAUUUGGAAUUUUUGCUACAUCAAAUAGACAAUGCUCAAUUGUUCGCAGAUCUAGGAGGAAUGUCAAUAAUAAUAUCUCCAUGUUUAAAUACAACUAAUGAUAAUGUCAAAAUUGAAGCAUUACGAAUUUUGGGUACUGCUGUUCAGUCCAAUCCAAAUGUCCAGUCAAAAGCUCUCAAUAAUGAUUUAAUACCAAAGGUUUUACAUCUGCUAACAACAAGUAACAAAGCAACACUUCGUUCAAGAUGCUUAUUUGCUUUGAGUGCGCUUUUGCGGCAAUUUCCAACUUCUCAAAAAGUUUUUAUUGAUCACGGAGGACUAGAGAUAUUUGGAAAAAUAUUGGAAAAUGGUCAGUUGCAGACUCAAUUGAGAAUCAUGCAAUUGAUCACAGACUUAGCUAUAGAAAGAGAAAAUAUAAAUAAGACUGAAGAUGAAAGACUCCGGCUGAUGAAAAUCCGAGAGUAUAGAAAAACGAAUUUUGAGGAAAAAUUAAUAGAACAUAAAUACUGUAAAUACUUGGCAAGUAUUUUAAGGCAAAAUUUUCAACAAAAUAUUGCUGUGAAUUCUCUCAUGGAAAUAAGUGAUUUUUUUGAAGUGAUAAUGGAUAAUAUGUUAGCUUUAAGUUCUACUUGUAAAAGUGAGUAUCGUAAGGAAGAGAAUGGCUUGUUCUUGGUACUAAAUGAAAUCCGAGAUUACUAUGAUAAAAUGAAGGCUGCUGAACUGAUAAAGGAAGUAGAAAUGUUUAAACAUAUACUAGAAAAGAUAUCAUCAUUACAAAAGCUUACCUUCGACAGUGAUACACAUGACGAAUUGUAAUGGAGUAUAACUAAACCAAAAAUAUAUAUUUAUUAAAAAUAAA